AUGAUCAUCGUUUCUGAGAUUGGAGACAAGACGUUUCUCAUUGCUGCCAUCAUGGCCAUGAAGCAUCCUCGUAUUGUUGUAUUUGCAGCUGCCUUCUGUUCUCUCGCUUUGAUGUCCGUUCUUUCUGCUCUAUUGGGUCAUGUUUUACCCAACUUGAUUCCUAAGCAGUACACUGAUGUACUGGCCGCUUUAUUGUUCCUGGGUUUUGGUAUCCGUAUGAUGUACGAAGGCUAUUACAUGGAUGGCCAAGAAGGACAGGAUGAAAUGUCAGAAGUUGAACAAGAGCUAAAGGAAGUCGAAAACCGAGACAAGACCGCCAACCUUGAAGCAAUGGAAGUUGGUGGCAUGGAACAGACUGUUGAGCAAAAGCCCAAGACAGAGCAGAUUAAAGAUGGUUUGAUGAACCUUAUGCAGCUAGUAUUUUCUCCUGUAUUCGUUCAAACAUUUGUCUUGACCUUCCUUGGAGAGUGGGGCGAUCGCUCGCAGAUCUCUACUAUUGCUUUAGCUGCUGCCAAUAAUGUAUAUUGGGUUGGAGCUGGCGUUAUUAUUGGCCAUACACUCUGUUCAGCUAUGGCUGUUAUGGGUGGUCGUAUGUUGGCUUCUAAAAUCUCGGUCAGAACAGUCACAUUUGCUGGAUCAGUACUUUUUAUCAUCUUUGGUCUUUACUACAGUUACUAUGUCUACCAAGGUCAACUUGAGUAA